AUGCGCACGGACUAUUUGACCACUUUCAUGCUGCUUACCAUCCUGCACAUGGUUUUGGUCCCGACAGAGCAAGCUUUCAUCAGACCGUUUGAUUUUCGUGCAAGAAGAGCUUACAUUUCGUCUGAUCUGGACCUGGACAACCCGAUGGAUUUUGGGAUCGCGUUGGGCACACGUCGAUUGACGUUCGAUCAGCCGGACGAUGAGCCUCGACUACGCGGAAGUGUGAUGCGUUACGGGAAGUAA